CGGCCCUUCCCGAUGCCAGACGCAUCAAUUUUUGCAGCUCGGAACGGAACGAAGAGUACGGAAAAAGGGGGCUCGCGCGGGCACGAAUUUUGAAGUUAGACUAAAUAAUUUGCAGCAAUUUUUGCGCAAAGCAAAAAUGAAUAAGAAAUUUUAUGACCGUUUGCUGGGACUUGGACUGGUGCUGGGCGUGCUGCUGGUGGGCCGGGUGGAGGGCGAUGCCGUCGAAGUAAUUGAGCUGGGCAGCAAUUGGAGUUUAUCUAAUCAGAAUAGCUCCUUUACGCGUUUGCUUAAUCUGACGCUGCCCUCGGGCAUAUACAGCGCCUUUCCCGGCCUAUUGCCCAAUGUGCUGGAGUCCUACAACGAUGUGAAUCUCCGCUGGAUGGCCUACGACAAUUGGACGUACAUCAAUGAGUUCAAGUUUGAUGUGGAGCACUAUAAGCGCGUGCGCAGCUUUAAUCUGACGUUCCAUGGCAUCGACACCGUGGCCGAGAUCCGGCUGAAUCGCCAGCUCCUGGGACGCACGGACAACAUGUUUGUGCGCUAUUCGUACGAUGUGACUAAGCUGCUGGAGCAGGAGAAUGUGCUCGAGGUGGAGAUCACAUCGCCCGUAUGGGCAGCACUGGCCCGGGCCAGGGCAUUGAGCGCGGCGGAUCGCAGCGUGCCACCGGACUGUCCGCCGGAACGCUAUCAUGGCGAAUGCCAUGUCAAUAUGCUGCGCAAGAUGCAGGCUAGCUUUGCCUGGGACUGGGGACCGGCGGUGCCGUCGAUGGGUCUGUGGAAGAGCGUGCAGCUGGAGAUGUACGAGGUGGCCCUACUCCGUGAUGUCGAUGUGGACAUUAGCCGCAACGAGACACACUGGAACAUGCACAUCAGCUGCUACAUGGACGCCCUGGGCAAAGAGAACUUCAAUGCCCAGCUAAUCUUCUAUGCCGUCGAGCUACUCAAUCAGACGGUGGUCAUUUCGCAGCCCGUCAGCCACUUGUCGCCGGUAAUUGUCUUUGAUCAGGCCGUGCCAAUUGCGGACGUCGUGCCCUGGUGGCCCAAUGGCUAUGGCCAGCAGAAGCUCUAUCCGCUGCACUUUACCCUUAACGCCUGGCUGGGCGCCACCGGGCCGGAGCUGCGGGCCAAGACCAAGUCGCAGAAGUCGCUGCGCGUUGGCUUUCGCACAUUGGAGCUGGUGGAGCGUCCAGCUCCGGAUGGCAGAGGCAACACUUUUCUCUUUCGCGUCAACGGACUGGAGAUCUUCAUGAAGGGCAGCAAUUAUAUACCAUCCCACAUAUUGCCAGAGAAUCAGACCGCCGAAAGUGUUGGAUAUCUGCUGGAAUCGGCGAAGGAGGCGCACAUGAAUAUGAUACGCGUGUGGGGUGGAGGUGUUUAUGAAUCGGACUUCUUCUACGAUAAGGCCGACAGCCUGGGCAUACUCAUUUGGCAGGAUAUGAUGUUCGCCUGCGCCAUGUACCCGACGACACCCGAGUUUCUCGCCUCGGUGGGCGAAGAGGUGCGACAGAAUGCGAAGCGACUGUCGCAUCACGCAAGUAUUGCAAUCUUUGCGGCCAACAAUGAGAAUGAGGCAGCUCUUGUGCAGAAUUGGUAUCAUACGUUGGCGGACUUGGAUCGGUUCAAGGCCGAAUACCGGGAGCUGUAUCUGGGCCAUGUUGUACACGAGCUGAAGCUUGUGUCGCACAGCGGGCGACCCGAGCCGCUGGUGUCCUCGCCAUCAAAUGGCAAGGCCAGCGAGAAGGACAACUACAUCUCGGAGAAUCCGCAGGAUGAGCACAAUGGCGACGUGCACUUCUACGACUACUUCAAGGAUGCCUGGGAUCCGAAUACCUACCCACGUCCGCGCUUUGCCAGCGAGUACGGCAUCCAAUCCCUGCCCGGCGCCUAUGCCUGGGAGCGCAGCAAAGGAGUUGGCGUCGAGCUGACCGAGCUGAUGGGCCAUCGGCAGCAUCAUCCGCUGGCCAUGGUGCCCAUCACGACGCAAUUGUUCCAGCACUUGCCGCUGCCGCUGCCCGAGGACAAGGACUACAAUCAGGCGCUGAUCUACUUCAGUCAAAUCUCCCAUGCCAUGGCCACCAAGGUGGAGACGGAGCUGUAUCGCAGCCUGCGCGACACGUCCCACAAUACCAUGGGCGCACUCUACUGGCAGCUGAACGAUGUCUGGGUGGCGCCCUCCUGGUCCGGCAUCGAUUUCUAUGGCAACUGGAAGCUGCUGCACUAUUGGGCACGCGACUUUCUGGCUCCGAUUGCCAUCGUGGCGCUCUUCGAUAAGCCCACGGGCUUGCUCGAGAUAUCGCUGGUGUGUGACGAACCGCGCGUGGAUACAUCUCAACUGACCGUCGUUGGCAACAUUCAUCUGUGGUCGCAGCUGAUGCCGCGCCAGUCCAGAAACUGGACGGCCACCCUGCGCCCCAACGGCGUGCAGUACGACAAAGUUAUUCCCAUAAAGGAUUGGCUGCAGGGCGAAUUCAAUGAGCACAAUGCCUACUUUGAGUUCCAGCUGCGUCGCGAUCAGACCUUAAUCUCCCGCACCUAUUUCUUUCCCAGCAGCAUUGCCAGUGCUGUGGGCAUCGCCGAUCCGGAGCUGGAGUUCGACAUCUCAUCGAAGACCUGCGUGGACACCACAAGCGGCAAACGGAACAGCAUCAGCAUCACGAUCACCGUGAAGCGUCCGGCUGUGUUUGUUUACCUGGAGCUGCAGAUGGCGUAUAGGUACAAGCUAUCCGAGAAUGGUUACAUGCAGACGACGCCCGUGCAUGUGGUGCAUGCGACGAUCGAAUCGAGUUCCUGCAUUCGCAUAUGGCGCAAGGCGAACGUUAAGAUCUGGACCGUGAAUCAGUUCAUGCGCCAGGCGUAGGGGAUAUACAUAUUUAAUUUUAAUGCAACAUAUAUAAAUAACUUAACAAAUCAAUAAAUG